UAGUUGUCACAUUCACAUAUCAAAAGGAGAAAUUACCGAGGCAGGAUUAUAUACUAACCAUCUUUCUAAUUAAACUUCUUCCAAUUUUUCAUACAAAAUACUUAAUUGUAUAUCUAAGUUGUUGGAUUAAAACAAAACUUUCUGAAUUUCUUCACUUUCUUUUUCUUCACAAAGUUGGCAACUUUUUGUUUUUUUUUGGGUCUAAAUCAUCUUUGAUGGGGACGAUUGAGGAGUCUGUGAUGUCUGAUUCUCACUUUGGAGAAAGUAUCUCAAAUGGCAUAGUUUAUGAUUCUUCUUUUAAGCGUGAAAAGCUCAUUAUUGAUACUGAUCCUGGAAUUGAUGAUAGCAUGACCAUCCUAAUGGCCUUCCAAACUCAAGAGGUGGAUAUCAUUGGGUUGACUACAGUAUUUGGUAAUGUCACAACGGAGGAUGCCACUAAGAAUGCCUUGCUCCUGUGUGAAAUCGCUGGACGUCCAGAUGUUCCAGUUGCAGAGGGCAGUCUGGGGCCGUUGAAGGGCGGCAUUCCACGUGUUGCUGAUUUUGUUCAUGGUUCUGACGGAUUAGGCAACAUAUAUCUACCACCUCCUAAAGCGAAAAAGAUUGAGAAAAGUGCUGCACAAUUUUUAGUGGAUAAGGUUUCUGAAUUUCCGGGUGAAGUAUCUAUACUUGCCCUAGGGCCAUUAACAAAUGUAGCUCUGGCGAUCAAGAGGGACUUGUCCUUUGCAAGCAAAGUGAAAAAAAUUGUGGUUCUUGGGGGCGCUUUUUUUGCUCUUGGAAAUGUUAAUCCUGCUGCUGAAGCAAAUAUCUAUGGGGACCCAGAGGCAGCUGAUGUAGUUUUUACUUCCGGGGCAAAUAUUACAGUUGUUGGCAUCAACAUCACAACCCAAGUCAAAUUUACAGAUAGUGAUCUAAAUGGGCUCAGGGAAUCAAAAGGAAGACAUACUCGAGUACUCACUGAUAUGUGCAAAUUUUACAAAGAUUGGCAUGUGAAAUCAGAUGGUUUACAUGGUAUAUUCCUUCAUGAUCCCGUUAGCUUCGUAGCGCUUGUGAGGCCUGAUCUUUUUACAUACAAGAAAGGGGUUGUGAGGGUCGAGACACAGGGAAUUUGCGUUGGACAUACACUAAUGGAUCAAGGGCUUAAAAAGUGGAAUACGGAAAACCCAUGGACAGGAUAUUCCCCUAUAUCAGUGGCAUGGACAGUUAACAUUGAAGAAGUUAUAAUGUACAUAAAAAACCAAUUGAUGCAAGUUUGAAGAGCAUGGGAUGUCUGGAACUGAUAUUAUUCCUCCAUAGUUCCAUCUCUGUUACCUAUAAUCCAGGGUUUGGGUUGUCUCAUUGUCAGUCCUGUUAAUAUUGUAACUCUCCCUGUUCACCCAUAUUCUGGGUUGUAGGGCUGAUUAAUAUGCAAACUUUCUGCCCACAAUUGUUCAUUCAAACAUAUUUUCUUCUUUGCUAA